CAUCAGUCUUGUGGAUCCUUGGCGCGAGGACAGUCAGCAGCAGCAGCAACACUAACAGUAGCAGCAUCAGGAGAAAGAGGACAAGGAAGAGGAGGAUACAUCCCAGCCCAAACUGCCCGAGCAUCAUGGUCGCUUGCCUGUCCAUGUCCAUGUCCCUGUCCCUGUCUCUGUCCCUGCUGGUGGGUUUCUCGCUCCAGGUGGACGUGAAAAGUGGCAGCGAAGCGGAGAAAGCCGGGAAUUUCAUGGAAGAUGAGCAGUGGCUGUCAACCAUUUCCCAGUACAGUCGCAAGCUCAAACACUGGAAUCGCUUCAGAGACGAAGUCGAGGAUGACUACAUCAAGAACACGCAGGAGAACACGGGCUCUGAUGAAACCAUGGACACCACCAAGGACCCGUGCCAGAAUGUGAAGUGCAGCCGUCAUAAGGUGUGCGUCGCUCAGGGCUACCAGAGGGCCAUGUGUGUCAAUCGCAAGAAACUUGAGCACAGAGUCAAGCAGUCAGGACAUGUGGCAGCCCACGACAGUGGCUGUAAGCCUUGUCCUGUGGCAGCAUCCUCACCCGUAUGUGGCUCUGAUGGACACAACUACGCCUCUGAGUGUAAGCUGGAGCAGCAGGCCUGCCUCACAGGCAAAGACUUGAACGUCAUGUGUAGCGGUUUUUGUCCCUGUGCCACCGCCUCCGUUUCCCUCACAAAUACUGACACCAAACGUGAGAGCUGCACUGGCCAGGACCUGGCAGACCUGGGUGACCGCCUGAGAGACUGGUUCCAACUCCUUCAUGGAAACGCGAAGCGCAAUAACUCUGGCAAGCUCGGCGCUGGCACCGCUUCAGUGCUGGACAGGAGUCUGGUUGCUAGCUGCAAGGAUUCCAUCGGCUGGAUGUUCUCGAAGCUGGACACCAAUAGUGAUCUUUAUCUGGACCAGGCUGAGCUGGCUGCUAUUAACCUGGACAAGUAUGAGAUCUGCAUCCGACCCUUCUUCAACUCCUGUGACAGCUACAAAGACGGGAAGGUCUCCACGGCAGAGUGGUGCCUCUGCUUCUGGAGAGAAAAGCCGCCAUGCCUCGCUGAGCUGGAGAGGAUCCAGGUGCAGGAAGCAGCCAAGAAGAAGCCUGGCAUGUACAUUCCCAGCUGCGACGAGGACGGCUACUACAAGAAAGUGCAGUGCGACCAGAGUCGAGCAGAGUGCUGGUGCGUCGACCAGCACGGUGGAGAGAUGAUGGGCACCAGAAUCCAUGGCAACCCUGACUGUGAUGAAGUGGCUGGAUAUUCUGGAGAUUUCGGGAGCGGGGUGGGAUGGGAGGACGAAGAGGAAAAGGAGGCCGAGGACAACGGCGAGGAGGAGGAGGAGGAGGAAGAGGAGGGCGAGGCAGACGACGGCGGAUACAUCUGGUAAAACUGUCUGACCCCGCGCAGAGAGCCGAGUCACUGCUGCUGGCCUGAAAGAUCGAAAACAGGGACGGCUCUCUCCGAAACAGCGGACUGCAGAGGCAUGGGUUUAUGUAUCGUCCUGGUGGGAUAUGUGGUACCAGGUUCGUUGAUGAGAUCAUGACCAGUUUUUUGUCGUAGAUAGGUGUAAAUGCUUAAUUCUCUCCUCUGGUUUUUUUUGUUUGGUUUUUUCCAGCAACAGAGCUUUUUUUGUUUGGUUUGUUUUUGCAGGACCCACUGACGACUGCACCAUAGGUAGCUAAAGUCCAUCAGAAUUCCUAUCUUGUCCGACCACCAUCUAUGCAUAUAGAGAUUACCAGUAAUUUUGUAUCGUGUGAACAACUGCUUGAGUACUAGAGCUGCCGUCCCAUUGGAAUGACAUUUUGGGGGAGAUGCUCGUUUGCCUUUGUGCUGAGUUGAUUAACACCGUUCUCGUGGUUAAAUAUGAAACUAUAGAGGCAGGAAACAGUAGCUUAGCAUGAAGACCGUAAAAUGACUCUGCUUUUCCUUUUUAAGAUUAAAAACAACAAUCUGUUUGUUGAGAAACACCUCAAAUUAUAACUUGAAUAUGAAGUAAGUCUGUCAUGCAAAAAAAGAAAAUGAAUACAAAUAAGAUUAUCUACGUGCAAAUAAAUAAAUAAGUACAAUGUGCAGACAUUUAUUCUGCCACUGGCCACAUAAAUAAACCCUUUAUUGCUGAUUUAAGCUAAUUGAGGUAAUGAUUACAGCAAGUGACAGCAGUCCUCAUCUCCUCCUAUUGGCAACAAGAAGAACGAGCCAGUCUCACAAAAUGUCAAACCGUUCCUUUAAACAGUUCUGUGCAACGUGUUAUGAAUUUCUAAAUUGUGUAUUCUGUACAUACAUCCAGUGUAAAUUAUCCGUGAAAGUAAGCUAAGAAGAGUUCAGGUUAUUAUGGUUUCAAGCCACCUUUGUGCUGAAGGUGCACCACAGCUCAUAGCGGUCUUUUCUUACUUGUACAUGCUUAAAUGGACACACACACAAAAAUAUAUACAGGACCUAUAUUUCUGCCCACUCUGAGAUCACGUCAAAGAGUGUGGCACAGGUUUGUUUUUAUUAUGAGUUUGCAACCUGGGGAAAAAAAAUGUGUGUUUAAAAAUAUGUGCAUUACUUGAAGUUCUGUGUGUACACUGGGAUUCACACCGUCUUUCCCCCCACCCCCAAUAAGAAUAUCGUUGCCAUGUCUUCAUUCAUGCUAUUGAUAGGCCAGACAUCUGGUUGUUUUUAGUAUUGCAUGUUAGUAUAUACAUAUACAUAUGUAUAUGUAUGAAUGUACUUCUAGGCUGAGCACUUUACUAAUAAAGGCACUGGAGGCAA